CGUAGAUUGUGAUUUGUGACUACUGUGCGUUAGUGCGAGCAUUAUUACGCUCGCUGGCUCACUCAGUUCGAAGAGAUAAGUUCAUCACUUCAUCCCGGUCUCCCUUCCGACCUCAGCCGCUCCCUCUCUUUCUGCAUUCCUUUCUCCUCUCCUCCUCCGUUCUUCCUCACUCCGCCGCUGCCCACCUCUCUCUGAUGGCGUCAGUGCAAGCUAUUGCUGCUCUCACAUCAGCUGCUGUAUGCAAGAAUGGCAACAAUUACAAUUCUGCUCCGGCCAAGUUCUCCACAGCUGCCUUCCUGCCGGGGUUCGAUGUUUUUGGCCGAGGCGUCUCCGGUCUGAGUAGGAAGGAGAAUUCUCCCUCACGUUCACUGUCCUAUGGUGCUAGAGCGACCUUAACGUUUGAUCCACCGACGGCAGAUGCCGAGAAAGUAAGACAGAGGAAGCAUACCAUCGACCCUGCCUCUCCAGAUUUCGUUCCCCUUCCAUCCUUUGAACAGUGUUUUCCCAAGAGCACUAAAGAACACAGGGAAGUUACACACGAACAAUCUGGCCAUGUCCUCAAAGUUCCUUUCCGCCGAGUCCACUUGUCCGGGGAUGAACCCAGUUUUGAUAACUAUGACACCAGUGGUCCACAGAAUAUCGACCCACGUCUAGGACUUCCUAAGCUCAGGCAAGAAUGGAUUGACAGGAGGGAGAAGCUUGGUGGUCCUAGGUACACGCAGAUGUACUAUGCCAAGCAGGGCAUUAUCACUGAGGAAAUGUUGUACUGUGCUACUCGCGAAAAGCUCGACCCAGAGUUUGUGAGGUCUGAGGUCGCUCGAGGAAGAGCAAUCAUCCCUUCCAAUAAAAGGCACCUUGAGCUUGAGCCCAUGAUUGUUGGAAGGAAUUUCUUGGUCAAAGUUAAUGCCAACAUUGGAAACUCAGCUGUUGCGAGCUCUAUUGAGGAAGAAGUUUACAAGGUUCAGUGGGCUACUAUGUGGGGUGCUGACACUGUCAUGGAUCUUUCCACUGGCCGCCAUAUUCAUGAGACCCGGGAAUGGGUUCUGCGCAACUCAGCUGUUCCAGUUGGUACUGUUCCCAUCUAUCAGGCUCUUGAAAAGGUUAAUGGGAUCGCUGAAGACCUUACCUGGGAGGUCUUCCGUGACACUCUGAUUGAACAAGCUGAGCAGGGUGUGGACUAUUUCACUAUCCAUGCUGGGGUGCUCCUGCGGUACGUGCCUCUAACAGCAAAGCGCAUGACUGGAAUAGUUUCUCGUGGAGGAUCGAUUCAUGCAAAGUGGUGCCUAGCUCAUCACCAGGAAAACUUCGCGUAUGAACACUGGGAUGACAUACUAGAUAUCUGCAAUCAGUAUGAUGUAUCUUUGUCUAUUGGUGAUGGACUUAGACCUGGGUCCAUAUAUGAUGCCAAUGACACUGCUCAAUUUGCAGAGCUCUUAACACAGGGUGAACUGACCCGUAGAGCCUGGAAAAAGGAUGUUCAGGUGAUGAAUGAAGGACCAGGACAUAUACCAAUUCACAAGAUCCCGGAGAACAUGCAAAAGCAGCUGGAAUGGUGCAAUGAAGCACCCUUUUACACUCUUGGUCCACUAACAACCGACAUUGCUCCUGGAUAUGAUCACAUCACCUCUGCCAUUGGUGCUGCCAAUAUUGGAGCUCUUGGAACUGCACUUCUGUGUUACGUCACGCCAAAGGAGCACCUUGGCCUGCCGAAUAGAGAUGAUGUAAAGACUGGGGUUAUUGCAUACAAAAUAGCUGCACAUGCAGCUGAUUUGGCUAAAGGCCAUCCUCAUGCUCAAGACUGGGAUGAUGCACUAAGCAAGGCCAGAUUCGAGUUCAGAUGGAUGGACCAGUUCGCUUUGUCUUUGGACCCCAUGACUGCCAUGUCCUUCCAUGAUGAAACCUUACCAUCAGACGGGGCCAAAGUUGCACACUUUUGCUCCAUGUGUGGCCCCAAAUUCUGCUCCAUGAAGAUAACAGAGGAUGUGCGCAAGUAUGCUGAGGAGCAUGGUUAUGGUAGUGCAGAGGAAGCUGUGCAGCAAGGUAUGGCUGCUAUGAGCGCUGAAUUCCUGGCUGCUAAGAAAACCAACAGUGGUGAACAGCACGGUGAAGUUGGUGGAGAAAUCUACAUACCGGCGAGCCAUGUCAGCUCCACUGAUAGGUAAAGAGGAACUUGUGAGACUGCAGCUGGUUGGCUAUUGAACAAAGCUCAGGAAUCCUGGGAAGCUAGCUAUUCAGGAAGAAUAACCCCAGGCUGCCUUUCUAUUUCGCGAUGUGGGUAAGUUGACGUCCGAGUCAAGUGUGAUAGUUUGGAUUUGGAGACUUUAUCUUUUGCUUCUGCUUCUCUUGUGUGACAUCAAUAAAAGUGUUCCAUGGAUGCUAUCUAUCUUUUGCAUUCGGCUAUUCUAUGUUUUUUUUUCCUUCCUUCUAUCGUCACAAUGUUGAUGAAAGAAACGCACCAGGGGUGCCUGUAUCUGCCUUUGGCCACUGGCCGCGGGGGCAGGUCAGGCUGAGAAAGUCCCUUCGAACCUGAACAGGAUAAUGCCUGCGUAGGGAGCGUGCAUUUUCUUUUUUGCUUUCUUAUGUUCUUGCACAGGGAAAGCAGCUUCCUGCAGGUGUGGCCUCUGUUUAUCACUUGGAUUGGAUGGCUGUGAAGUAACAGCAGCAUGCCAUUGCCAGUCUUUAUAAUUCUGCCAUUUUGCCAAUCCAUGUUUACUUAAAUCGACCAUUUUCUGGGUGGUGGGAUAUUAUCGAUCUGUUGCGAGAAAUCAAUCGUAAUGCAUACUGCUGCAGGUUGUCAUAGUUCACAAGUCAUGACCAAUAUGCAGCUAAAGUACUUUGAAAGAUAAUUCUUCCUGAAACAGAAAUAGGUGACAACCUUGCUCCUUCUAACAAGCUUGUACUUGUACACAUGAGAAUCAAACUUAUUCCUGAUGGGAAACAAGUAUGUAGCUUGUACAUAAUCUAAUUUCAGCUUCAUGUUCCAAUCCCUAUGGACUUCGGAUCAUGACAGAGCUGGUGAAUAAUUCAGUCAUUCUGAUUCCUGGUCUUUCCCUGCAUUUGGUUCGUUGCUACCACCUCCAGUACAUGAGUAAAUUCGGCAAAGAAACGUUCUAAAGCUGGCUACUUCAUGAGUUCGAACUUAAACCAAUAGAUGUUAUAUGAUCCAGAGACUGAUUUUCUGAUUAAGGUCUUCCUGCUCACACUUCCCUUCGCGUACAUGUGCUUGCAAAUCUUUCACAAAAAUGGAAAAUGAUACAGGUAAAAAUAACAGAAAUGACUGAAUCAAAAUGUUGUCCUCAAUCCCUUGUGGGCUGUGGCUGAAUUACGUCAGGAUUCUCACAAAAUGGACUUGUUGCUCCUCAGAGAUGGAUGAAUUCGUUCGCUCCGACAUUACCUAACAAGUUCUUCCAGAACCCAGCUACUCUUCCUACAAGUAGACAUACAUCCCCCUUGCAGUCACCACUCUGCUAGUUGUUGAGUCGAGAGCCCAGAACUAGAAGAUGCUAUUUGCAAUGCAGAACCAAUAUAACAUUUCCGGAAGAGCUGGGAAACAGAUUGACUACCAUCAUCGAAGCAGCGAACAGAACUGGGCGCCGAGAUCAAAAUCAAACCAUUUUAUAGACUACAUAAUUAGCCGCAUUUCUCUCGGGAAAACAAACAACAGAUUGAGUGCACAUUGUUGCUUAGAAUGGAGAAAACUGGUACAUGGAGGAUUCAACAACAGUUAUGUAUGGUGAUAUCAUACCAUUACCAAAACCUAACUUGUAGCAUCAGCAUUUCCUUCUGCAGCUACAACCUCAACCCCUGCAUCCCAAAAUCGCAGAACAUGAGACAACCUUGCAUUACAUUACACCAAACAAACAAAAGUAGCCAAAUCCUUGUACGUUUCGGAAUCGAAGAAACUAACCUUCAAUGCCUUCUUCUUGUUCCUCAACCUCUCCGCCUUCCUCGUCUUCAUCAUCUCCCUCCUCGCUGUACUCCGCUCCAUACCUCCCGUUCAAGAAAUCCACGGUGUCGGGCGUCAGCACCAGCUUAUCCGAGUUCAAAAUGUCGAACAGAUUGAGGGUCCUCGGCGUCAGCAUCCGCAGCGUGCCGAUGUUCCUGCUCGACAGCCCAACAGUGUCGCUCACAUCCAUCAUUAGGAACAUCACCUUCUCCUUCGGGUCCAGCCCCCACCGCGCCAUCGCCUCGAUGAAAUCUUUGGUCCUCGGCUUCUCAAACUUCUCCCCGAACUCCUCCACGCAAAUCAUGCUCUCCGUCGCGCUCGACAGCGCCGUCGACAUCGCCAGUUUCUUCUCCUUCUUGUUUAUCUUGAUUGACCAGUCCUUGGGCUUCGGCCCAAACACAACCCCUCCUCCCGGGCGGAGCGGAGUCCUCUGGGAUCCCCGACGCGCCCCGCCCGUUUUCUUCUGCGGGUACGGCUUCCUCCCGCCGCCUCUGACCUCGGCUCGGGUCAGCGUCGAGGCCGUCCCUCUUCGCUUGUUCCGGAGGUCGGUAAUUAUUCCGCGGUGGACGACGGCGCGGGCCGUCUCCGGCGGGGCGGACUUCAGGUCCAAGAACGUCUCUCCGAUCUUCUCCCCGGUGAAUGACAGAAUCGGGAUUGUUGCGACUUGGCAGGAGAUGGAGAGAGGCUUGGCGGCUGAUUUGGAGGCAGUAGAAUUCGAGUUUCGAUUAGAGACCGAAAUGAGCUUCGGGAUCUCAUGCCUGGAAGAGGAGGCAAAGAGCGAGGAGGAGAAGAAGGAUAGAGCAACCGUCGGCGGCUUCGUCGCGGUGGCAGCCAUUUGCUUUCAGCUCUCGGAGACAACGGCGGGGGAAGAGAUUGGAGGCAGAGGAGAGCAAAUUCUAUACCAGUCUCUAGCUAUGGCUGCGACUGCGAGGCAGCUUAU